GCAAUUAAAAUCUCAUCACCCAAAAAAAAAAAAAAAGAUAACAAAUAUUUCUUUAAUUAAAAAAAUCGAAGAACAUUAAGAUGUACUAAUUUCUAAUUUUAAAAAAAUCAAUUGCGUGGGUGUACCCAAAUAUUCCUUUUGUAGGCGCACUACAAUUACUCAAAAUUGAAAAAAGGUAAACUGGGCUAGUGGUAGUGGGUUUUUUAUUUUUAUGGGGAAAUCUCUUCCUUCACCAAAUAGAAUUCAAGAUUUUGCGAGUAGAAUUAUCAGUUCGAAUAGAAUCCCGACCCGAAUAAAAGCCCCACCCAGCAGAAUCAGGUCAAAGGCGGUGGUCAACGGCGGCGAAUCAUCAUCGGAGCAAAGGCUGUUGAAGAAGAGUAAGAAUAUUAUGGAAGAAGUAGGUUCUAAUUCCAAUUCCAGUACAUCGAGGAGGGUCCCACUUGCUGACGUGGUGGCUGAUUGUGUUAAGAGGUGGUUCCAGGAUACACUUAAGGAGGCUAAAGCUGGUGAUACUAGUAUGCAAGUCCUUGUUGGUCAGAUGUAUUUUAGUGGUUAUGGUAUUUCCAGAGAUGCACAUAAGGGAAGAGCUUGGAUUAGCCGAGCUUCUAAGAGUCGGUCAUCGGCAUGGAAAGUGAGUGAUAAACGCCCAGGCUAUAAUGCCAGUGAUUCUGAUUCUGAUGAUACUGUGGGUGAUGCAAAGCAAAAUUGAAGCUCUUUUCAUCCGUAAAACAAGCUAUGGCAUCGAAGCAAAGUGUGCAGGAUAUGACAGGUGGGAGUACAACUAUUGCCUGCCAUUCUUUAGAGGGCCAGGGAAACUACUUUCCAUCUGCUAUGUAACCUCUUCUUUAAUAGUAGUCUUUUGUGGGGUUGAUGAGGGGAGGAGUCUGUUAGCUUAUCCAAUCAUCUCAGUAGAAAUGGAGCAAAAUAUUAAAUUGUACUAAUAUUUAGCAUCCUUUUCGAAUUUCUUCUACCCACAGCCACAUAAUAAUUUUCAUGCUCGAAACUUUAUAUCCUACAAUUCACUAAUUAUAAUUUGUUUCA